AAGCUAUGAAUUUAAAACUGUUGACUACGAUUUUAUUCCUCUGGACAUGGGUAUCAGUGACACCUCUUCUUGAUGAAUCAGACGAUGUUAUCGAGAAAUUUGUUGCAACGAGUGAAUGGGCAGAUAUCAAAGAAGGUCAGUCAAUUGGCAAAGGGCUACACGUGAGAAUGAACUUGGAAACUGGUAGAAAAGAAGCCAAAAAGUUAUCGAAGGAGGAUUCUGAAUCAUCAGGGGUCGGAGAAAACAGACUGGCAAUUAAAGAUGCCAGCAUAGUAGAUCUUGGGAUAGUUGACGAUAGUUUAGAUGUCGAAAAAUUAGAAGAAGGUUUGAAACGGGCUGCAAACUCGGAUGAUUCGUCCGAAACCUUAUCUGGAAGAUUCAGAACAAUUGAGGAGCUCAAGAAAGAGAUGCCUAACUUGAAGAUGCAGACGGAAGGAGAGGUAUUAAAAGAUAAGAUGUCAGUGUUGAGUUCAACAAGUGACACGGACAUUCCCUCUCUUAUUAUUGUGUUGGAGGAACUAGAAGAUUUGGCUCACAAGUAUGAUAACGGCCAGCUGUUAGUGACACAAGGAUGGAUGAAGCGAGUAGGGGAACUGCUGUUCCACCCUAGUGAGGAAGUUUAUAAAGCUGUUCUCAGAGUCAUCUCAUCCGCUACUCAGAGUAACCCGCCCGUUCAAGUUCACUGCAUUCAAGCUGGUUACCUGGGGACCCUAAUAUCCAGGCUCCUCUCUCAAUCUGAGAAGCUCGCUAAAUCCACCAUCUUCGCAAUCAGCUCCAUGGUUAGGAACAUGCCAGCUGCACUGGACGCUUUUAAAAGUUUACACGGUUACAAUACACUGUCCACCAAGCUGGCGGUAUCCACGCUGGGUCCACUCCAGAGAGCCAUCCUGACCUUCUACAACGAUAUUCUGGAGCAGGACGUGCAGUUGAAGUCAGAUGCGGUUAUUACUCAACUGAAGCCCCGGGGGAAGGUAUUGGUAAAAAAGUAUCAGAGAUAUUGUCCGACAGUAAUAGCAGUCUGGAUGUCGUAGAGGAGACCAUUUACUUCUACUCCCGGACGCAACAGUUGUGCUCGGAGGAAAUUACAUCACCGGUCACCGAAAGAUUGAAAACAGUUGCUGAUUUUGUUUGAUAACGAGAAGAAUGAAGAACUAAGCCUAAAGAUAAGAGAAAUUCUUUCGUAAUAUUCAGUGCACUCGAGACUAGCAGCAGACUAUGGAAACUAAUUCAAUUUAGUUCAAGAUUCUGUUUUAAUCGUUAAUUAUACUUUAAUUAAGAAUACUUGUUCGAAUAGUACUAGACGUAAUAUAUAACACUUCAAAGUGAUCCAGUAGAUUACAAUUAUAGAAAGAAUUUGCGCUUUGCUCAACUUAAAGUUAACUAAGUUUAAUUAAGAAGUAAAAUUCAGUUUGUGUUACUUCGAAAUAUUGAUAAAAAUAAAUUAUAUUUAUUUAACACACAUUUCAUUAUUGAUAAAUCCGAGUUUGAUGUUUGAAUAAUGGUUUUCUUUCAGGGUAUUUAUUUUUAAUGAAUUUCUUUUUCAUUAUGGUGAUUGUGUCGUUGAAGUGUAUGUGAGUGUCCUGUUUAAUGAAAUAUGAUGAACAAUUCAACAGUAAAUAAUGUUUAACUUACAUUUACAACUACU